AUUUAAUGUAAGAAGGCAGAGGUUUUUUAUCUAUGUAUUCGGUUUAACUUUUUGUAGUAAAACACGCCGUAUUGUAGAAGUAUGUGAAGGAUGGCUGUAAAGUUUUAGGACUAACUUUGCAAGACAAAUAUCAGACAUCAUGACGUCAACAAGUAACAGUUCGCCACUAGGAUGGAGGACGUCCAGCAACUUACAUCAUCUAAGGAGAGUCAAACCUUCCCAACAUACCGGAAUGCAUGUCAACUUACAUAGAAAUUUGAAUCCAAGGUUUCUACCAAAGGGACAACCGAAACAACCGUCAAAUUUAACACCCAGGGUAGCUGAAAAUAUUGUAUACAGACAACGUGUUAGAGGCAGAUUAACAGGGUUACCUAAACCAGAUAAAGAAUUCUAUUUGAUUAAAGUUCAACCGUGUGAUGAUGUGGACUCAUCUAGACAUAGUAGCAGUAGCAGUAGCAGUAGCAGAAGCAGUAGCAGUAGCAGCAGCAGCAGCAGCAGCAGCAGCAGCAGCAGUGAUUCUAGUAGUGAUAGUAGCAGCAGUAGUAGUCAUGAUACUAGCAGCGAAAAUGGUGAUGGUGGUAAGAGUGGUAGCAAUGGUUCUCUCGAUAGAUAUUGUGAUAUUGAUAAUGAUAAUGAUGAUGACUAUUAUUAUGAAGAUGUUCAAUCGUUAUACUCAGAAAACAGAAGACGCCAAUAUAAUCAACAAAUUAUUGACAAUGUUGUAGAGCGAUUGUAUCCUUCUAAACGCUAUGCACGGAAAUAUGUUACGAGAACGCCAAAUUAGACAUAAUUUCAUAAACUUUGAAAAUGAUUUAUGGACAUCUGACAUCUCGAUGAUUGUACAACAUCCAGAACAUUCAAAAGAAACUCAUACAUCAUGUAUUUGUAUGAAAGUCUUUUUUAUGAUAUUUAAUUUUACAUUUUAGUGUAUGUCAACUCGGCAUCCCUUUCGAAGAGACCAUAAAGCUAACUAUUAUUUGGUAUAUUUAUUAUGUUACAUAAACUUUGUCUCCGCAAACAUGCGCAUCUGGUUCAUAAAUGAAAUUCUAAUAUCUGUACUUAAGACUUAAGUGUACUUAGUCGAAAUUCCUGAGCUAAAAUAUUUUGCUAUUUUCCGAUAUUAUUAUUGAUAUUUGCACAAUCUUCUUACAGUAUACGCAUUGUCAAUAUUAGUUAAAUUGAUUAAAGAAGGUUAAUAAUAGAAAAGAAUGUAUGUUGAAUGUUGAAAAUGGAAGAUAAUUAUUGACCACUGAUCCAGUCAGUAGGUUUUGACUUUUAUUUACAAUAAAAUAUUUUAAGAAUACUAAAAUUUUAGUAGGUCAUUUUUCCAAUUUUAACAUCACGACUAGUAAUUGCCUAUUAAUAUUACUGUACUCUUAAUAAAUUUAUUUUCGUGUUUCUUC